UCUCUGUCUAGAAUUUCUCUCUCUAAAAAUAUAUUAUGUGGUGUAUCCAGUAGGCGCUAGCUGUAAUUCGAAAAUAUAAAAUCAGGCGGUCUCUCAAAUUUGGCCCUUUUUUUCACUUGGUUUCUCUUCUCUCUUCCGUUUCUCUCUCUCCAUUCUCUCCUUCCAUUCACGGCGAUCAGAGGAAAAGCAAGAGAGAGAGAGCGCUCUGAUAUCACCAGAAAUCUAGGACAUUUGGAGAGAGAAAGAGAAAGACUCCUACACUUAAUAUACAAACAAUGUCGCCUUUCGAUACUAUUGACGCGUUUCUCUUCUCCGCUAGCAGAGCCUUUUGUAGUCCCUUCGCCAUUUUUAUUCAGAUCCAGGGAUGUCUCAUAUGCUUGACUCUUGCAAUUGGGUGGGCUUUUGCUGCUUAUGUUAGGAGUAGAGAGUUUAGGCGGAUCAAGGAUGGUGUGAAAGGUGGCAAUAGCUUUGCAUUUCUUUGUCAUGAUAUCAAUGAGCUUGAGCAUUCUAAUCAGAUCAACCUGCCAAGAGUGACAGUUGUAAUGCCUUUAAAAGGGUUCGGAGAACACAAUCUACACAAUUGGAGAACUCAGAUCACAUCUCUGUAUGGUGGUCCUUUAGAAUUUCUUUUUGUGAUGGAAAGUACAGAAGAUCCUGCUUACCAUGCAGUAACUAGAUUACUAUCAGAUUUUAAGGACGAUGUUGAUGCAAAGAUUGUAGUAGCUGGUUUGUCAACAACUUGUAGUCAAAAAAUUCACAAUCAGUUGGUUGGGGUGGAGAGAAUGCAUAAAGACAGCAAGUAUGUAUUGUUCCUAGAUGAUGAUGUGAGGCUGCACCCUGGAACAAUUGGAUCUCUCACUGCUGAAAUGGAAAAAAACCCUGCGAUCUUUAUUCAAACUGGAUACCCUCUUGAUUUACCCUCUGGAAGUUUAGGAAGUUACUGUAUAUAUGAAUAUCAUAUGCCUUGUUCGAUGGGGUUUGCUACUGGUGGAAAGACUUUCUUCUUGUGGGGAGGAUGCAUGAUGAUGCAUGCUGAUGACUUUAGAAAUGACCGUCAUAGGGUGGUUUCAGAACUAAAAGAUGGGGGAUACUCUGAUGAUAUGACUCUUGCCUCUAUAGCUGGGGCUCAUAAGAGGCUUAUCACAUCACCACCAGUAGCUGUUUUUCCUCACCCCCUUGCAAGUGAUCUUAGUUUUUCAAGGUACUGGAAUUACUUGAGGAAGCAAACAUUUGUUUUGGAAUCAUAUGCUACGGAUGUUAACUGGAUAAUGAACCGUGCAUUAUUUUCUUCCCAUUGCUACCUAUCAUGGGGAUUUGUGGCGCCAUACUUUAUGGCUGUGAUUCAUGUUGCAGCAGCACUAAGAAGUCAUUCCAAAGGGUAUUCACUCGGGGAAACAACUAUUACUUCUGGUGGGUUGUUCCUAGUAGGCUUCCUAGCUAUAUGCACUACUCUUGAACUUCUUUCGAUGUGGAACUUGACAAGAAUAGAAGUUCAACUAUGCAACAUGUUAUCUCCUGAGGCACCUCCACUAUCACUUGGUUCUUACAAUUGGUGCCUUGUAUUUAUUGCAAUGCUGGUGGAUAAUUUUUUAUACCCAAUCUCUGCUUUGCGUUCACACUUUUCUCAGUCCAUCAAUUGGUCUGGCAUCAGAUACCACUUGAAGAAUGGGAAGAUAAGCAUGAUUGAAAGAAGCAAGGAUAGCGGUCCAAGAUUUACAGACUUGGGAGGAAAGUAUUUAUAUGGUAAGAGAGGAGCUCAGCCCAAAUCCUCGAUCCUCGGCUCUUUGUCAAGAAGUUUGGCUCACUGGCGCCAGCCGAAGAAAUUUGAUGUCUAGGAAUGGACCUUGAGCAACAAAAGGUUGUGAACAUUUUCUCCUCCUUUUGUGGUGUGAUGGGUAGAAAUGGCUUGGAUUCAAGCUUUCCAGGAGUAUUUUUCGUCCCUCCUGGAGAUAUUGGCCAAUUCAUUAUUGAUUGAUUUUAAGUGCUAGGAAUUUUUCUUCAUUCUUCAAUUUAUCAUUCAAUCGAUUGAUUCUUCACCUCCAACCCUCCCUUCUUGGCUGGUUUUGUAAUUUGUAAUGCUUCUGCCCCUGUAAUUUAUUGAAACCGUUAUAGAUUCAGAAUCCCAGUGUAAGACAGAAAGGUUGUGCUUGUACAUUUUUCUAGUCUCUUUAGAACCAUCAGCUUUUUGUUA